UGCGCAGACUCAGUACGCCGCACCGUCAAAUCAGGGUUUUCCGUCGCUCUUCGCGGAUUUACUUGAUUUAUAUAUUUAACUACUCCUUAAUAUCACCCACGCUGGCUUAAUAGCCUCUCAGACGCAGAGUCCGACCAUCUUCAGCCUGCAUUUGUCACUCGUCUUUUUGACACUCUUGAAUCAGCGGCUCUGACCCAGAUAACAGCUGAGUGCCUGCAGUGAGGCCGGCCUGCCUGAGCUCCCUGCGCUCAGAACUGACUGAGAAAGGAACAGCAUCCAAAUCUCCAUCCUAUCACGGAGAAAGCAUGGCAGAUCCUGGCCUCACGUCUCCCUCAGGAACCCCUCUGCGCUCACCCAAUGCCCCUCUCACCCUCUCCUUCCCCUUCCUCAGGGAGGGCAGUCGGGUGUGGGAGGAGCGGAGGGAGCAACCGGUGCCGCACGAUCUUCCCAGCCCACUGCCGACCAAACGCAACCGCACCUACUCAGCGACGGUCCGUGCUCACUCAGGUCCCGUUUAUAAAGGUGUCUGCAAAAACUUCUCAAGAUCACAAGGUCACGGUUUCAUCCAACCGACACACGGCGGGGAAGACAUCUUUGUCCACAUCUCAGACAUCGAGGGGGAGUAUGUCCCCGUUGAAGGAGACGAGGUCACAUACAAAGUGUGCCGAGUCCCGCCAAAGAAUGUGAAGGUGCAGGCCGUGGAGGUGAAGAUCACACACCUGAACCCGGGGACCAAGCAUGAGACCUGGUCCGGCCAGAUCAUCAGCUCCUAGUUGUGGUGCUCGGCGAUUGAUGGAGGGGGAUUGUGGAACUUGGCUUUUCAGGGGUCAGACCCAUAUCCAAAAUGUCUUUAAUUCUUCACAGUAAAGUGCUCGGGUUCAUAGUUAGACUGUGAGGCACAGCACUGUUUCAAAACUGCCCCCCCCCAUGCAACAAUCAACUCACUCUGCAUGAGACACUGAAACUUUUAAUGUCAGGUUAAAAUAUGUUUUUCUUUGUUUAAUUGAUCUAAAGAUGGACCUAUAGAUUAAAGCAUCUUCUAGAGAAGCUCUGUUUAUUUAAAAGGAGCCUAAAGCGGUAAAAAGCCUUGAUUAAAAACGGUGGUGCUGAUGUACAGACUACACAAUUCUGACUGUAGGCAGACAACAUGAAAAAACACAAAAGUGUCACCUCAGAACCACAAGUACACCGAAUCAAAAAAAAAAAAAGAAAUGUGACAAGAAAUAGUUUGGGUCAAGUUGGUAAUUUGUUUAUCAUUUUAAAUAUGUGAUUACUAAUUGAGUGGGAAUUUUCUGAUGUACUUUUGGCCACAGAUCCUCAUUUUAAAAAACUACACAAUAUUUUUGAUGAAACUGAAAGAAAAAUGUGAAGAACUAUUUACUAAAGAAAUCUCAAAAGAUGUAGCUUGAUCUCUUACAAUGCAAACUCUUUGACUUAGUCUUGUUAUUUAUUCAUGUAUUGUCUUGUUUUUGGUUGAGUGUGUCCUAAAAAUCCGGUUCUAAAACUUUGGAUAAAGUAGUCAGGAUUUGUUUAGCAUCCACUCUGCAAACUUAGACAUUAAAGACCGAUUUUGACACCUAAAUUCAGCGUUUGCAAAGCAUAUUUGUGUGUGGGACAUUUGUGAUACUUGGCUUCACAUUUUACUGGUUGGUGUCAAUAAAGUUCAUUUCACACAAUGUUGUUUUCAAAAUAUAUUACAAAAUUUGUGUGUUUGUUUACACUUACAAUAUGUGAGCCACAAAUACUCUGGAUUUUGUCUGUCUGUUAAUGUCACUGCCUGAAUCUUAAUAUCAAAUUUUGUUGCAUUAAGUGUUAAAAAGCUGCGGAUGAGCCACGGUGGUGGGGAUUCUGAGCCUCCAAACUACAAUAAAGUAUAAUUUGUGA